UUCCGGGACAUUCACGAAAUCUCGACUUUUGCAAAAUGUCGAAAGUAUUUAGAGAAGCCGACGUAAAGAACAACACAGAUAAAUCAAAGACACUAAUUGUCAUUCACGAUAAUGUUUAUGAUGUUUCAAAGUUUCUUGAAGAGCAUCCUGGUGGAGAAGAAGUAUUAUUAGAGCAAUCAGGUCGAGAUGCCACUGAAGCAUUUGAGGAUGUAGGCCACUCAACUGACGCAAGAGAUCUAAUGAAAGAUUACAUAAUAGGAACAUUACAUGAGGAUGAUAGGAAAUCCAUACCAAUAAAGGAAAAUACAACAAUAAACGCACCUUCAUCAAACCAGGGGAGUGCCUGGACAGGAUGGCUGAUUCCAUUUGGUGUGGCAUUGGCUGCAGCUCUUGUUUAUAGAUACUUUAUGUCGCAAAACAAUUAACAAAUGCCAUAUUUCAGCUUUAUAGUCAUAAAAGAAGAAUGCAUGUAUGGAUAGUAAUGUAAAUUGUGAGGAAAUAUUGACGGUUGUUGAAAUUAUUUAUUAUGUAAAGUUCGAUUAAAAUAUAGGGAUCAGUCAUUUUUAGCCUUUUUUUAUCGCUUCUCUUUUCAGACCAUUGCCUUUUUAAAGAAUUCAUUUAUGCUUUCAAGAUAAAAUUAGGUAUUAAUGGUGUUUUGAAAGAUGAACCUGAAUGUCAUUAAUGUAACACAUUUUCAUUUAUUUUUUUGUACAGAAUGUGCAAAAUUAUGAUCAUUAACAAUUUUACCAACACAACUAAGGAAAAAACAAAAACAUUCAUGUUAUCAUGAGGAGAAUUUAUCAGAUGUUUGGUUUAGCAGCAUAAAUAGAUUGUAAUUUAAUCUUGAAGCAUCUUUUAAAGAACUGUGAACAUUUGAUUAUUUGCAUAAGUUUAUCAACUAGAAUAUAAGUAAUACCAUCACAUUAUCAUGAUUAUUGGCUAAAUUCUAUUUGUGUUGUAAACUGUCUUUAAUGAUAGAAUUUUUGUGCAUACUCUUAUAAAAGUUACUUAGAAUUUUAUAUAUUAUCAAGUAUAAUACAUUUGUAUUAGUAUAAUACAAUUUAUUUAAGAGAUAUAUAAUACAUGUACCAAUAGAUAGUGAAGUAUACAACAGUAACAGCUAAACAUGUGUUGUUUAAAUUAAUAACAUAUUUUUCCUUUUUCUUUCUGUUUGAAGGGAAAAUCUGCUAUGAAAUUCAUUUAUUAUGUGGUUAAGAUUUUCGUCAAGUAUCUUAUUGAGGAUUGCAAAAGAAAAUACAUAAAGAUUCUGUUCAUAAUCCAAAAUAAACAGUUUAAAACAUGGAAAAAUGUACUUUAUCAUUAAUUGUGCUGAUUUAUUUGCCAAUAUUCAUUAAAAUGGAGCAACUUAUAGCAUAUUUUAUUCAAAAAGUGAAUAAUUAAAAGAUUGAAAAAAAAUCCUUCUUUGUGCUUUAUAGUUGUGCAUUAUUGUAGCCUUCAUGUUUGUAACACACAUUAACAAUCGGUUGUACUGUGUGAUGUAGGUAGGAUGAAACUUGUGUAUUUUUGUAUCCAUUCCAUCACAUGUAUUGAGAUAAAAGUAAGAAGCCAAUUGAGUUGUAUGUGCAAUUUCAUUAUGAAAAUAACAAGCAGAAAUAAUACUUUACUGAAGGCUUUUAAUUUAAA